UUGUUUGUUAUUGAGCUAACCAGACAACCUUCACGCAGCUCUGUCUUUGGAAACCGAUUAUUAGGGAGUAUCCCAAGCUAUCUGUGGAACAUUAGCACCCUUAAGUACUUGGAUCUUGAAGUAAACAAUUUUUCAGGACAAGUCCCUCCAGAGUUCGGGAAGUUGGUCAACUUGGAAACUUUAAGAUUGUCCUCCAACAGAUUGAGUGGAAAUUUGCCAUCAGAACUUGCUGAUCUGAGGAACUUAACAGACUUUCGGAUAAAUGACAACAACUUGAAAGGCAGUAUACCAGAUUUCAUUCAGAACUGGAACAAACUUGAGAGAUUGGAAAUGCAAGGUAGUGGACUUGAAGGACCUAUUCCAUCAUCGAUUUCUGCUUUAGAAAACUUGAAAACUUUGAUAAUAAGUGACAUAAAUGGAACAAAUCAGUCUUUUCCUGAUAUAAGGAACAUGAAGGGCAUCGGGCGAAUAAUUCUAAAGAAAUGCAGCAUUUCUGGGCAGAUCCCUGAAUAUGUCUGGGACAUGAGUGAAUUACGUAUGCUGGAUCUCAGUUUUAACAGUUUAAAUGGAGAACUUGAAGAUGUCAUCCCCCCUGGCAACUUAAAAUUCCUCUUUCUAACUGGCAACAAUCUCAGUGGAAAUAUACCACAGUCAAUCUUGAGGACAGGAAUAACUGUAGAUCUUUCCUACAAUAAUUUCGCAUGGCAAAGCCCUGAGCAGCCUGCUUGUCAGCCAUUGAGUAAUGUUAAUUUGUUCCGCAGUUCUUCAUCAAGAAACCUAGGUGAAAAUUUUCAAUGCAAGAAUGAUUUCGAAUGUGAAGAAUAUUCACACUCUUUGCACGUAAAUUGUGGUGGUGAUGAUGUGACAAUAAACGGUAAAACUUAUAUAGGAGAUAGAACUUUUGGUUCUGGUGGUGCUGCAACAUUGUAUCAAAGUGAUGAUAACUGGGGAUUCAGUAGCACUGGAGACUUCAGAGAUGAUGACAAUGAACUGAACUUACAGUCACGUUUUAUUGCAACUGUUCAGUCACCCAACCUCCCUGAAUUAUACACUACUGCACGUCUGUCUCCUCUUUCGCUUACUUAUUAUCAAUAUUGUUUAGAAAAUGGGAACUAUGUUGUGACUCUACACUUUGCCGAGAUUCAAUUCUCAAAUAAUGCAAUCUAUGGAAGUCCUGGAAGGCGCAUGUUUGAUAUUUUUAUUCAGGAUGAGGUUGUGGAGGAAGAUUUCAAUAUAGCAGCUGAAGCUAAAGGAGUUCUUACCCCCUAUACAAAAUCAUAUGAUGUUAAUGUAACAAAUGGUAGAAUAGAGAUCCGCUUCUACUGGGCCGGCAAAGGAACUCAAGCAAUUCCUGACAGAGGAAUCCAUGGUCCACUCAUUUCAGCAAUCUCCCUAGAGAAUCCCAAUUUCAAACCUGAAGAGAAGAAACAGAAUGUUGUGCCAAUCGUUGUUGGUGUCCUAGGAGCAUUGCUCAUAUGCUUGGCAUUGGGUAUCCUUUGGUGGAGAUACUAUUUCAAAGCCAAGAGGCGGCAAGAAAAAGAUCUUAAAGGACUAGACGUUCAAACCGUUUCUUUCACUUUAAAGCAGAUUAAGGCUGCCACCAAUAACUUUGAUUCUGCAAACAAGAUUGGAGAAGGUGGAUUUGGACCUGUUUACAAGGGCCAGCUUGCUGAUGGUACAGUCAUUGCUGUGAAGCAGCUAUCUUCAAAAUCAAGUCAGGGCAAUCGUGAAUUCAUGAACGAGAUUGGCAUGAUAUCAUGUUUGCAACAUCCGAAUCUUGUAAAGCUUUACGGAUGCUGCAUUGAAGGUGAUCAAUUGUUGCUAGUAUACGAGUACCUGGAAAAUAAUAGCCUUUCUCGGGCUUUGUUUGGCCCAGAAUAUAGUCAAAUGAACCUGGACUGGCCUACCAGGCACAAGAUUUGUACGGGGAUAGCUAGAGGUUUAGCAUUUCUCCAUGAAGAAUCUAGACUCAAAAUUGUUCACAGAGACAUCAAAGGUACCAAUGUUCUGCUAGAUAGAGACCUCAAUCCUAAAAUAUCCGACUUUGGAUUGGCUAAGCUUCAUGAGGAGGAAAAAACCCACAUCAGCACACGAGUUGCAGGAACAAUAGGAUAUAUUGCACCGGAGUAUGCAUUGUGGGGGUAUUUGACGUACAAGGCAGAUGUUUACAGUUUUGGAAUUGUGGCACUGGAAAUUGUCAGUGGGAAGCACAAUAUGAGUUAUGAUCCAGAUAAUAAAUAUACUUGCCUUCUUGAUUGGGCCUGUAAUUUACAGCAAACCGGAAAGCUAUUAGAGUUGGUGGAUGACAAGCUGGGAACUGAAUUUAACAAGGUAGAAGCAGAAGGGAUGAUUAAAAUAGCUCUUCUAUGCACAAAUGCUUCGCCCUCGCUAAGGCCAACGAUGUCUGAAGUAGUAGGCAUGCUAGAAGGAACAAUCAACGUUCCAGAAUCUGUCCCUGAUCCAGGUAGUUACAGUCAAGAUUUGAGGUUUAAAGCCAUAAGAGACCAUCAUAAGUCUAUGAAUAGUCAGAAUUUGGAAAGCCAGGUGGGUAGUUCAACAACUGCAGGGUCCAGGAUUGAACCUUCUGAUGCAUAUGCUUAUGACCUGAAUGAAAUCAAUGAGGAAUACCAUUUAAGGUUCAGAACCAUGGAAAGCCAGACAUCAACAUCAUUCCCGUCGUGGACUGGCUCUUCAACAAUGUCUGUAUCUGCCCAUGAUCUUAACGAAAUCCAAUCAAGUUCGAAAAGGUGCGUGCAUCAGCAGACUUCUAUGGCCACAAGGAACACAACUGCGACCAGACAAAGGUGUCGGCACGAGAAAUUUCGCGAAAUGCAUAAUUUUACAAACUGCAGUGUCACAUCAACGAAGGGAUUAAGCGGUGUUCUCUUUUUAAGUGUUCAAACUUCAAAGUAUUUGACUACUAAAGUCAGUUUCUUGUUCUCUUUCUUUGUUUCAAACAUGUUCUUCCCUAAACCCACCGCACUUCUGCUAUCAGUUGUUCUUGUUUUCAGUUGGUUACACACAAACAAGUUUGAUGCUGCUCGGCUGCCUCAAGAUGAGGUGAAUGUUCUGAAUCAAAUUGCCAGAACUAUGCGAAAUAGCGACUGGAAUUUCGAUGCCGAUGUUUGCAAUGUUACUGAGAAAGUGGAUAGGGACAUGGGUCCCGAGAAAAACAUUACUUGCACUUGCCAAAACGGAACCUGCCACGUUACCCAUAUAAUAUUCAGGCUUCAGAGCCUUCCAGGAGUACUUCCAUCUAAACUUAUAAAUCUUCCUUACCUCAAAGUUAUUGAUUUUGCAUACAACUAUCUCAGUGGGUCAAUCCCACCUGAAUGGGCUACAAUGCAACUUGAGUUCAUUUCUGUCUUUGGAAACCGAUUAUCUGGGAAUAUUCCAACUUAUUUGGGGAACAUUAGCACCCUUACAUACUUGGACCUUGAAGCAAAUCAGUUUUCGGGAGCAGUCCCUCCAGAGUUUGGAAAGUUAGUUAACUUGGGAACUUUAAGAUUGUCUUCUAACAGACUGAGCGGAAAGUUGCCAAUACAACUAGCUGAACUGAAAAACUUAACGGACUUUAGGAUAAAUGAUAACAACUUUAAUGGGAGUAUACCAGCUUUCAUUCAGAACUGGAAGAAACUUCGAAGAUUAGAAAUGCAGGCUAGUGGACUUGAAGGUCCCAUUCCUUCAUCCAUCUCUGCAUUGGAAAACUUACUAACCUUGAUAAUCAGUGAUAUAAAUGGAACUGCUCAACCUUUUCCUGAUCUUCGGAACAUGACAGCAAUCAAUCGGAUAAUAUUGAAGAAAUGCAACAUUGUUGGGCAAAUCCCACAAGAGAUCUGGCAAAUGAGUAAAUUACGUGUUUUAGAUCUCAGUUUUAACGAUUUGAGUGGGGAACUUAUCAAUGUCACUCUCCCUCUGGAUUUAAGAUUCCUCUAUUUGACGGGCAACAAUCUCAGUGGAAAUAUACCAGAAUCAAUCUUGCAGACAGGACUUGCCGUGGAUCUUUCCUACAAUAACUUUACAUGGCAAAGCACUGAGCAACCUGCUUGUACACGGAAAUUGGAUAACAUAAAUUUGUUCCACAGUUCUUCAACAGAAUACCUUAAAAGGGGAGUUAUUCCAUGCACGAGUGAUUUCAAAUGUCAGAAAUAUUGGCAUUCUAUGUAUAUCAAUUGUGGUGCAAAUUAUGAUGUGAAAAUCAAUGGGAGAAUGUAUGUAGGAGAUGCGAAAUCUGGUGUAGGUGGUGCUGCAGCAUUAUAUCAGAACAAUGAUAACUGGGGUUUUAGUAGCACUGGAGACUUCAGGGAUGACAAUGAUGAACUGAAUGCAGCAUCACGUUAUCUAAAGCAGUCAGCAAGCAUGUCUAACCGGUUAUAUGCCACAGCACGUCUAUCUCCACUUUCACUAACUUAUUAUCGAUAUUGUUUAGAGAAUGGGAGCUAUUCAGUGGGACUACACUUUGCAGAGAUUGAAAUCAUAAAUAACACUAGAUAUGGAAGACUUGGAAGGCGAAUUUUCAACAUUUAUAUUCAGGAUGAGCUGGUGGAAGAAGAUUUCAAUAUAGAAGCUGAAGCUGGUGGGAUUCUUACCCCACUAACAAAACAAUAUAAUGCUAAUGUAACAAAUGGUGAAUUAGAGAUCCGUUUCUACUGGGCUGGAAAGGGGACUCAAGCAAUUCCCAGUCGAGGAGUCCAUGGUCCCCUCAUAUCAGCCAUCACAGUCGAUCCCAAUUUCAAACCUCAGCAUGAGAAGAAAACAAAGACUUUGCCGAUUGUUGUUGGUGUCAUAGGAUCAUUUCUCUUGUUCUUGAUAUCAGGUGUUGUUUGCUGGAGAUACUAUUUUAAGGCCACGAGUCAGAGAGAACAAGAUCUUAAGGGACUAGAUCUGCAAACAGUUUCUUUCACCUUAAAGCAGAUUAAGGUUGCCACUAACAAUUUUGAUUCUGUAAACAAGAUUGGAGAAGGUGGAUUUGGACCUGUUUACAAGGGUCAGCUAGCUGAUGGAACAAUAAUUGCUGUCAAGCAGCUCUCUUCAAAGUCAAGUCAGGGAAAUCGUGAAUUCUUGAAUGAGAUGGGCAUGAUUUCGUGUUUGCAACAUCCCAAUCUUGUAAAGCUUUAUGGAUGCUGUAUCGACGAGAAUCAACUAUUGCUUGUAUAUGAGUACAUGGAAAAUAAUAGCCUUUCUCGGGCUUUGUUUGGACCCAUGAACACUCGAAUAAAUCUGGAGUGGCCUACCAGGCACAAGAUUUGUGUUGGAAUAGCUAGAGGUUUAGCGUUUCUCCAUGAAGAGUCUAGACUCAAAAUUGUCCACAGAGACAUCAAAGGUACCAAUAUUCUGCUUGAUAGAGACCUCAAUCCUAAAAUAUCUGACUUUGGAUUGGCCAGGCUUCAUGAGGAGGAAAAAACUCACAUCAGCACACGAAUUGCUGGAACCAUAGGAUAUAUUGCACCAGAAUAUGCACUGUGGGGUUAUUUGACCUACAAGGCUGAUGUUUACAGCUUUGGAAUUGUGGCAUUAGAGCUUGUAAGUGGGAAGCACAAUAUGAAUUAUGGUCCAGUGGAUAAAUAUACUUGCCUUCUGGAUUGGGCCUGUCAUUUACAGCAAAGUGGAAAGUUAUUGGAGUUGGUGGAUACUGAGCUGGGAUCUGAAUAUAACAAGUCAGAAGCAGAAGGGAUGAUUAAAGUAGCUCUCUUAUGCACAAAUGCUUCGCCGUCUCUGAGGCCAACAAUGUCUGAAGUGGUGGGAAUGCUGGAAGGAACAAUUACCAUCCCUGAUGUCAUCCCUAACGCUAGUAGUUACAGUGAAGAUUUGAGGUUUAAAGCCAUAAGAGACCAUCGUAGCUCUAUGUAUGGACACAGUUUCGGAGGAAGUCAGGUCCAUACUUCAACAUCUACAGAAUCCCAAUUUGAAUCUUCCUCUGCUUCUGCUCAUGAAAUCAAUGAAGCCAAUGAGGAGCAUAUUUAAGGUUUAAAGCCAUGCAAAGCCAGAAAUCUACAAUAUCUACUCAUGAUCCUUAAUACAUCCAAUCCUGUUGUACAAAUGCAUAUAGAUGUAAAGUUUGUGGCCAAUUUGAGGCUUAUUGUCAUGAGCCAACCUUGUAUAGGGCCAUGAUCGGGACUUAGGUUGCCAUGAGCCACCCAUGUAUAGGGCCAUGGCCGGAUAGAUCCCUUAUGUUAG